AUGUCUUUAAGCAGAAGAACUACAAGGAAAUCUGAAGCUCUCACAAGUUCAUCUGGAAACACAAUCGCGAUGGCUCCAGGCGUCAACCACAACCUUGGAUCGUAUACACACACAUACUCCCAGUCCAAUAUCAAUGGCAGGAAACGGGCACGAGAAUCUGCUGAUAGCGACGAUCAUCUAUUAUCCAAAGCGAAGAAAUCAAAGCUCGCCAUCGAGAUACCAGCUCCAAAAUUAAAAUCGCUUCCACCAAGAAAACGAUCAGGCGUCAUCAAAUCGAACGCGAACCCCGACUCUGCGAACUCCGUGCAACAUCCACAAAUAGCAACAACAGCAGAUGUACGAACAGCACAUCCGCCAUCCCAGAAUUCACAACAACAACAACCACCACCUCCUCCUACAAAACACCAGAAUAAAGUUGCCAAUGGCAUCAAACACGAGCUGGAUAGAUUACAGGACAAGCUUCUACAGGCGGACAAGGCCGAUUUGAAGGAUGAAAGGCGGAAGCUUCGAUCGCAAGAAGGGACAAAAUUCAAGAGUGAAUUGUCUGCAUAUUUCCCAGAGUACGAUGAAGUUAUUGGGAAUGUUCCCAAGGAAGAACAUUUCCUAGAUGUCGAUACGCCCAUCAUAAUCAUCGAUAGCUCCAAACCUUCUUCCAAACCUCUGCGUACCUCCAAGAAGAAGGAAUCCAACACCGAAUAUGCGGUCAAAGAAUACCCAUCCUCUCUCUUCACCAAUCUCCAUGGUACACACAAGGUGGACUUUUCCGAAUUUACUCCCAUGGAUUGCGAUGAGGACCCUCUGUCGGAGGAGCACUUCAAGACACUUCACAAACGACCAGAACGCCAAGAGAAGGCUGUGCGGAACGCAGACAAGAGCCGAGCUCAACAUGAGAGAGAUUCGGUCAUUCGACUGAUGGAAGGCCUACAAGGGCCGGACUGGCUGAAGACCCUCGGAGUUAGUGGCAUUACUGAGGGUAGGAAGAAGGAGUUCGAAUCGGCACGACAAUACUUCGUUAAAGGGUGCGAGUCGAUCCUUGAGAAAUUCCGGAUCUGGAAGGAUGACGAGAAGCAAAGAAAGUUGAAGAAAGAACGCGCCAUAGCUGAAGCACAAGCAAGAGCUGAGGCAGAAUCAGAAGAAGGUGAGGACUCGGAGGAUGAUCUCGAAAGCAACGGUGAUCCUCCUGACCUUAGUGACAUCGAUGCUUCUGCAGCAAGACAACUGCACGAUGAGGCAAUCGCCAGUUCUACUCCUCGACCAAAGGCUAGAACAAACUCUGUGCUUGUUGGUGCACCUGCUGUUGAGAGAGAAUUCAAAUCAUUCUUCGCAAAACCAUAUUUGCGGGAGGCAGCACUUGGAAAGCACAGGCGUAGUGGUAGAACCGUUGCCGCCUGGGGACAUCCCGUCCCUGAACUUCCAGAAGUAGCUGAAUUUGACUUGCCGGAGGAAUUUCUUGAUGAGGAAACAUUGAAAACUCAUGCGAGAAAGAAGAGAAGAGAUAGGAGAAUUGCAAAAGAUUGA